AUGUCUCAUAAGUCGAGUCCAGUCUCAUCUACAAAUGAAGUCAAACCCUACGCACCUGAUAACUUGAACAAAACUCUUGAUGAAGGAGACAGUACUUCCAUAGCAUCCUCAGAAUCACAACAAAAUCAACCCCACAAUCUGCAUCAAGUACAACCACUAAAUCGAUCAGAGUCACCGACUUACCCAGCAAACGAACCAUACACUGCCUUCCCACCCCACAUUCAUCCUCAAGAGUCUCAUCGUAGCUCACACCAUGCUACAGAACAUGAACCGCCAAACCCUAUACUUGGUCCCUUAGCUGACUUGGAGCGUAAUGUUUCUUCAUUUGAAGAUUUGGAAAGGCAACGGUCACAAAUGAUGGGUAGACAACAAUCGGCAGUUACUUCAGCUUCGAAAAAAUCGCUUCGAGUUCCAAGAAGAGAAAAACGUGGUUUGUUGUCAAGUAUCGUGGUUGUCCCGGAAUAUCGCGAUGCUCGUGAGUACCCUGAAAAGAUUAAAUACUUGAUUGUGACAAUUGUUGCCCUUGCCUCAAUUACAGGACCAAUGGGUACUUCAAUCAUGUUACCAGCAAUCGAUGAUAUUGUUGAGAAACUACAUACGACCAAUUCCGAAGUCAAUGUAUCGGUGGGGGUUUACUUGCUUUCAUUGGGUAUCUUCCCUCUUUGGUGGUCAUCUUUCAGUGAACGAUUCGGAAGAAGAUCGGUUUAUCUUGUCAGUUUUGUACUCUUUGUUGCUUUUUCAAUCGGUACGGCCCUUUCUCCAAAUAUUUCUGCAUUGAUUGUUUUGCGGGUAUUGCAGGGUGGCUCAUCCGCUUCCGUCCAAGCCGUUGGAGCGGGCACAAUUGCUGAUUUGUUUGCUCCUCAUGAAAGAGGGAAAGCUAUGGGAUGGUAUUAUCUUGGACCUUUGAUGGGCCCAUUCUUGGCUCCUAUAUUGGGUGGUGCUGUUUCUCAAGCUUGGGGAUGGAGAGCAACACAAUGGCUAUUGUUGAUUUUUGCUGGUUGUAAUUUGUUGUCCAUGGCUUUCCUAUUGCCAGAAACAUUGAGAAAAGUGGAUAAUUUGCAAGCUAUUAAAGCAAUGAUGCAACAUCAAGAUGCUUCAAACGACGAGGACGAAAAGAGUAAUUUGUCGCAUUCUGCUGAUGAACAUGAGGAAGCACAACGCUCAUCUAGCGAUGAAAGCUUAUCGGAGAAGCAAAAGCAUAAACAACAUCAAAAACACGACCACGACCAAGAGCAACAGCAACAGCAACAGCAACAGCAACCAGAGCCUAUUUCUGACACAGAGUUACAGCGCAUUGCUACCAACUUGAGCAGAAGAUCAGUGGCUGCUUCCAUUAAUUCGCAUUUCGAAGGUGAGGAAGAUGACGGCCCCGUUGUUGACCCCGUUAUGCCAACAUUGUCACGUUUAACCACAAACAGAUCAACCUAUUCGCGCCGUUUACAACAACAAUACAUAACCGAAGAGAUUCGUCGAUCGGCAUCAAAUGUGCCAUCACAAAGAGCUGCAUCAAGAGCUGCAUCAAGAGCUGCAUCAAGAGUUGCAUCGCGAAACACUUUGGGAUCGAGUGCAGCACGCGUCAAUGAAGAAAAUACCCAUGAGGCCAAUAAAUGGGCCAAAUUCAAAACCAACUGCUACGACUUAUUUAUACGUCCAUUACACUCAACCGUACUACUCAGUCACCCACCAGUCAUUCUCGUCAUUUUGUUCUCGGGAAUUUCAUUUGCAUUGAUUUACUUUUUCAAUUUGACAAUUUCAUACGAGUACGCACGCGAACCCUACCACUUUUCCCAAAUAAUUGUCGGGUUGAUGUAUAUUCCCAACUCAAUCACAUACCUAGCUGCAUCCAUGAUUGGUGGUCGAUGGAACGACUAUCUCCUCAACAAGUAUGCCGAACAACACGGUGAAUUGGUGCCUGAGUCGCGUAUUUCUUGGAACAUUGUCCUUGCUUGUAUCCUUUAUCCCAUUGCAUGUCUCAUAUUUGGAUGGACGAUCAAGUACGGCGAGUUUUGGCUCGUGCCGUUGAUCGGGACUGCCAUUUGUGGGUUUGCUUCGAUGUUGGUCAUUGGUGCAACCGUAACGUACCUUGUUGAUACGUUGCCUGGUAAAGGUGCCACUGGAGUUGCGUUGAACAAUUUGAUUCGACAGAUUUUGGCAGCGAUUGCUACGUUUAUUGUUGAACCUUUGUUACGCGCUAUUGGACCUGGGAUUUUGUUUAGUAUUUUGGCCGGGAUUUUGAUUGUUGCGUCGCUAAUUUUGGUUUAUUUAAAGAGGAAAGGUGCUUAUUUUAGAGAGCAUUAUAAUUUGAUGUUCCUUUAUGAUAAAUUAUAG